UGCAUCCAACCCCUCUUCCUGUGUACUCCCUGCCAGCUGUAGCGCGAAGAGGGCGGCGGCUCGAUUUCCAAACUCCCUACAGUUUACCAACAGCCCUACGACCCGGGCCCUAGAAACCCCAGAUUAGAAAUUGCGAUGCCAGAAAUCCAUGCGGACGGCGAGCCUCUUCCCGUCAUACCCGACAACGUUACUAUUCCCCAGUUCAUCCUCGACGUCCAUCAUCCUGCACGGCCGGUCCCAACGAAGGCGCAGCCAUGGUGCAUUGACGAGCUAUCCGGGCGCGAGGUCUUUUCGGACGAGCUGCGGGCGCGGACGUUUGGGCUCGCGAACGCGCUGAAGCUGCGUUGGAACAUCGGUGAUAAUGAUGUUGUCUGUAUCUUUGGUCCGAAUCAUAUCGAUUACCCUGUGGCAAUUUGGGCCGUACACAGAUUGGGUGCUAUUGUGUCAGGCGCGAAUCCCGCCUAUACCGCGGAGGAGCUCGAGUACCAGCUUGGUGUGACGAAGGCGCGCGUCCUGAUCUCGCACGCAGGCUCGUUGCCGGUCGCGCUCGCCGCCGCGGACAAGGCCGGCGUGCCGUUCGACCGUGUCGUGGUGUUCGAUGAGGUUCCUGGGGCGAAGAAUGUCACGGUGCACCAGCUCGUCGACGAGGGCCUGUCGCAGCCGCAGGCGUUCAUCGAGCCGAGACUUGCUCCUGGUGAGGGCCGGAAGAAGCUGGCGUUCUUGAGCUUCAGCAGCGGGACGACUGGUCGGCCGAAGGCGGUCAUGAUACCCCACUAUGCGGUACUCGCGAACGUGAUUCAGAUAGCGCAUUAUGUCGGUGCUAAUGAUAAGAAGCGGACAAAUGAGCUGCAGCGGUACCCGCCAGGGAGCAAGGUUCUCGCACUGUUACCAUUUUACCAUAUAUAUGGGCUCGUUGUCGUUCUGCACUUCCACUUGUUUGUCGGGACCACCCUGGUCAUUCCCCAGAAGUUCGAUUUUGAGAGGAUGCUCGACAGCAUCCAGCGGUUCCGCGUCACGCAUCUCUGCCUCGUCCCGCCCAUGGUCGUGCUGCUCUGCAAGCACCCGGCAGUGAAGAAGUAUGACCUGAGCUCGGUGCGCAUGCUCAUGAGCGGCGCGGCGCCCCUCAGCUCCGAGCUCACGAACCAGCUCGCCGCGCUCCUGCCGGACUGCUGGAUCGGCCAGGCGUACGGCAUGACCGAGACGUGCACGGCGGUCACGUUCCCGCCCAACGACCGCCGCCUCGGCUCGCCGGGCAGCGGGGGCGUCCUCCUCCCGGGGUGCGUCGCGCGCGUCGUGAAGCCGGACGGGUCGCUCGCGGGCAUUGGGGAGCGCGGGGAGCUGGUCAUCACCGGGCCGAGCAUCACGCUGGGGUACCUGAACAACGCGGAGGCGACCGCGGAGACGUUCCUCGACGGCUGGGUGCGCACGGGGGACGAGGUCUACUUCAACGAGCGCAAGGAGAUCUUCGUCGUCGACCGCAUCAAGGAGCUCAUCAAGGUCCGCGGGUUCCAGGUGCCCCCCGCGGAGCUCGAGGGCCACCUGCUCGGCCAUCCGGACGUCGGCGACGUCUGUGUCGUCGGCGUCCCCGAUGAGUAUUCUGGGGAGCUGCCGCUCGCGUUCGUCGUGCCGAGCGCGAACGCGCUCGCGAGGAUCAAGCAGGACAGGCUGGUGGAGCAGCGGACGAAGGACGCGAUCAUCAAGCACGUGGCGGAGCACAAAGUGAACUACAAGCACCUCGCGGCGGUAGAGUUCAUCGACGCGAUCCCAAAGAACCCGAGCGGGAAGCUGCUCCGGCGGUUCUUGCGCGACCGCGCGCGAAAGCUGAAGGAGAGCGGCAGGCUCGUACUUCCGACCCGCGGGAAGGCAAAGCUCUGAAAUUCGAGGGUGCCUUCGUGGCGGUGAGCGUCGUCCCAGUGUGCGAGUGCGCCUCCCUUGUCGGGAGAGUCGCUUACAUACCUGCUCGACCGUAGUAGUAUUAUUAGACCCUUUCCGACUGUGGUCCACAAGUCCGAGAUCGUGCGCAUAUAGCAGCAUCUAGACAUCUUGUCAUCGUUACACUAUCGUGCCUGCAACGGGUCUGAUAAG